AUGGCCCAAUCCACCACCCACCGGAUAAUAGAUGAUUACAAGGUUCAGAAACUCAUUGGGGUAGGAACCUCAUCGAACGUGUUCCUAGCUCGACACCGGGUUACCUUUAAACGUGUUGCUAUUAAAGUUAUUAAGCGACUUCGAUUAACAAAAGCUGAAGAAGAAGCUGUUAUGUCUGAAAUAAAAUUUAUGGAAACUUUCAAUCACAAAUAUAUUGUAAAAAUGUUCGAUUCUAUGGUGGAUACUCGAUACAUUUACAUAAUACAAGAGUAUUGUAAUGGUGGUAAUUUGUUGGAAUAUAUUCAUAAACAUGGAAGACUCUCUGAACAAACUUGUAAACAAUUAUUACAACAAUUGGCAACAGCUCUAAAAUACAUGAGGUCUUUUAAUAUUUCCCAUCUUGAUCUAAAGCCGGAUAAUAUAUUUUUAAUUAAAUCAGAAACAAUAACUAUUAAGCUUGGAGAUUUUGGUUUGUCAAAAGUAAUGACAGAGAACACUAAAAAUGGUUAUUUUUGUGGAUCGUUUAUUUACAUGGCACCUGAAAUGAUAAUUGUCAAGGAAUUUGAUAUUAAAGCAGAUCUAUGGUCAAUAGGAGUAAUUUUAUAUGAAUGCUUAUUUGAACACACUCCAUAUUCAAUUUCACACACUGCAUCUAUAAAAAAACUAUUUGCAAAUAUCAGAAAACAAAAUCCGAUAGAAAUACCAUCAGAUAUAAUCAGUCCCAAGUGUAGAGAUUUAUUAUUGGGGCUGCUUCAGCAUGAUCCAAUUAAUCGUAUGAAUCAUAAACAGUUUUAUAUACAUCCAUUUAUAGACUUAGAUCAUUCAGCUAGUGAGGAAUCGCUUUCUAAAGGUGUUAAAGCUGCUGCCAUGGCAACACAUUUGCAAUGGGAAAGCAGGUUUGCAGAAUCGUAUAUCAGUUAUAUCAUAGCACUUGAAUACAUUAUUCCUUAUUAUAAAGCUGAAGCUGAAGGAACUCUAAAACGUGUGUUGAAAACUCAAAUAGAAUCAUAUAUCGAGCGUAUUCAUCAACUGAAGCAACUUUAUUUAAAGCCACAAAUAACUGAAUGGACAGAGGAAUAUGAAGUUGUGCAAACAUUAUUACAAACAACAGAUCAACAAUUGGAGAAGCCUAGAAUUAAUCCUCUUAAUAAUUUGAUUUUUUUCAUACCUGACUUUAAUGUAUCUACGGACGAUGAACAAUCAAAUUAUGAAAGCACUGAUGAAUUUACUAAUGAUCAAACCACUGAAGCUCAAGCCGCUAAUUAUCAACCCGCUGAAGCUCAAGCCGCUAAUUCUUCUGAAGAACCCACAGUUGUUACAGUCAGAAGAAUUAAAAGGAUUAAAAAAUGGUUCAUCAAUUUUAUUAGAUUAUUUAAGAGAAGACAUGAUUAG